AUGACGGAUCCAAUGGGGGCCGAGAUCGUGGUGGAGCAGGACGCCCCUUUUUCGACGCCAAAACGCCCAAGUCAGGUAGUAAAGCCUACGAGCAAGGUCCAAGACACCGCGCGACAAUUGGAAGACACGGCCAUAGAAACGCGACGAAACACUCGACAGACGACGCGAAACAUACCGGCCGAAGAACAGAUUGACCGACCGACCGAAUCCCGAAAGAGUAGCGGCAGCGGCAGCGGAAGUAGCGAUGGAAGGGCCAUGCUGCAGAAGGCGCUGGAUCUCCUAGCAGAGUCGCGCAGGGAGACCAAAAGAUUGCAGGAAGCGCUAAAGGAACAGAUGGAAAUGACCAAGGAACUGCAGGAAGCUGUUGCAAAGCAGGAAGAGACAAUGCACAAGAUGGGCAAGCAGAUGGUCGAGAUGAAGGAACGGAUGACCAAGGAACUGAAGCAGGCCCGCAAGCAGCUCGAAACUAUCGCCACAAGCGCAACGGACGGACCCCAACGAUCAUAUGCUGACAUCGCACGACUAACGCCGUUCUUACUUAACAACGAUUCAAGGACCUUAGCCGCUCCUCCGAACCCCACAGACGUGUUCUACUGCACGAUUAACGUUUCAAGACUAGGAGAAGAUAAGGCUAGGCUCUCAACCGGAACAAUCCGAGCAACAGUGGAGAACGUAGUCCGCUCCGAACUAGACAAUCCCACGUGGCGAUGCCAAGCGGUAACUAAGGACCCAAAGAAUCCCCACCGCGUCAGGGUCACCUGCAGGGACGAGAGCGAGCAUAAGAUUGUGAAACGCGUAGCGGAAACAAAACUAGCCCCAGGAGCCCGCGUCCUACGAGAUGACCUCUACCCUAUCAGAGUGGAUAAUGUCAGCCGUAUUGCAGUGCUUAACGAGAGGAACGAAGUUCGAGCUGAGAUCACCGAGAUGCUCAGCCGAGAAAAUAACACCAAGGUUGCAAAGGUAGCAUGGCUUAGCAAGAGAGACGUCCCCAAGGCAUACAGCUCGAUAGUCGUAUAUCUCAAAAAACGGUCAGAAGCUAGGCAGUUCAUUAACAAAGGAUUCUUUGUGGCUGGAGGAGAAUCCGGUACCACGAAGAGUAUGCUUUGGGUGAAGAAGGAGGUGGAGGCGGAGCAGGUGCCAAUAGACUCCCCAGACGUAACGGCAGCGGUCAUCCGGCUACCAGAUCGUCUGAUCUUCACGGCGUCUAUCUACGUGCCGGGGGGAGACGGCCAAGCUCUACAGGACAUAUGCGCUAAGCUUCGUACAGCUAUUAAAGAAGUAAGACGGAGAUCAGGAAGAGCGGUAGAUGUAGUGGUUGUUGGUGAUUUCAAUCGCCACGACCAGAUGUGGGGCAGAGACGAUGUAGCAGUGGAGAGACAGGGCGAGGCGGAUCCGAUCAUCGACUUGAUAAACGAUUUCAUGCUCAGAAGCCUCCUUCGCCGAGGCACGAAGACGUGGCAGAGCGGAGAUUAUGAAACGACUAUCGACUUGGUUCUAGCCUCCGAAGAGCUCGCAGACGCAAACAUCAAAUGCGCGAUACAUGGUACGGAGCACGGAUCAGAUCAUCGCACGAUAGAGACGGUGUUCGACAUUUCAGUCCCGGCGCCGAAACAGGAAGAAAGACUUCUGUUCAAGAAUGCACCCUGGACGGAGAUCAAUAGCAGGAUUGUGGACACGUUGAGAGUUAGGCAAGUGGGAAACACGGUACAGCGGAAAACGGAUAGGUUGAUGUCGGCCGUGCUGGAUGCGGUCCAGGCAUUAACGCCCAGAGCCAAACCGUCGCUAUACGCAAAACGAUGGUGGACCAAUAACCUUACACAGCUGCGGCAUGUAUACACAUACUGGAGGAAUCGAGCUCGAGCCGCAAGACGUGCGGGACAGAACACUGCAGAUCUCGAAGACACGGCAAAGGCAGCGGCCAAGCAAUACCACGAUGCUAUUCGACAACGGAAGAACAAUCACUGGAAGGAGUUUCUAGCGGAUAAUGACAACAUCUGGAAAGCAGCCAAGUACAUGAAGUCUGGGGAUGACGCAGCUUUUGGAAAAGUACCGCAGCUCAUCAAAGCAGAUGGAACAGCAACAACUAGCCAUAAAGAACAAGCCGAAGAACUACUGACAAAGUUCUUCCCGCCAUUGCCAGACAAUAUCGAAGACGAAGGAUCACGGCAACAAAGAGCCCCAGUAACGAUGCCAAACCUGACUUUGGAGGAAGUGGAACGUCAACUCUGGGCAACAAAGUCAUGGAAGGCGCCAGGAGAAGAUGGGCUACCAGCGAUCGUCUGGAAGCAAGUCUGGCCGUCAGUGAAACACGACGUCCUUGCCAUCUUUCAGGCAUCACUGGAGGAAGGCGUGAUACCAGACCAGUGGAGACAUGCUCGAAUCAUCCCACUCAAGAAGCCAGGUAAAGAUGAUUACACGAUUGCGAAAGCAUGGAGACCGAUCUCGCUUCUCGCUACGCUGGGUAAGGUGUUAGAGUCGGUAGUUGCUGAGAGGAUCUCCCACGCGGUAGAGACUUACGGACUUCUUCCGACCAACCAUUUCGGUGCGCGGAAGCAGCGAUCAGCAGAGCAAGCCCUUAUACUCCUACAAGAACACAUCUUCUCAGCUUGGCGUUCACGCCAUGUCGUGAGUCUCAUCAGUUUCGAUGUUAAAGGGGCAUACAAUGGAGUGUGCAAAGAGAGGUUGCUGCAGCGGAUGAAGGCGAGAGGGAUCUCGGAGGGUCUCCUGCGCUGGAUCGAUGCCUUUUGUUCAGAGCGAACUGCAACCAUUGUAAUCAAUGGCCAAAAUUCCGAAAGCCGACCUCUACCACAAGCAGGACUUCCGCAGGGGUCGCCCUAG